AUGUCUUUCAACGAUUGGUUAUCAUCUUCUUCCAUAUCUCGUCAACCAUUAUCUACAACAACAAAUUUUAAUAAUAAUGUAAAACAACAACAUCAUCAUUAUCAUUAUCAUUAUUAUUAUCAUUAUGCACCUAUGAUAACAUCUAUUGCUCAUCCAUUAUAUAAUCAUUGUCAACAAUAUGAUUCUUCAAAUACUUCAUUUUCUAUUGUACCAUCAAUGUCUAUGAUUAAUCAUGAAGUAUCAUUGAAAUAUAAAGAAAAUUUUCAUCGAAAUUCAACACUUAAAUUACAUCGUUGUGUUUCUUUAUUUUUACAUUUAAUUGGUAUUUAUUUAUAUGAAAAACAAAAAUUCAAUAAUUCAUCAAUAACUGAUUUUCUUCAAUAUGAUAAACAUUUUCGACAUGCUGAUAAAUAUCUAUUAGCAAUGACAUUAAUCUAUUUUUGUCGAGCAAAAUUACGUGAACAUUAUUAUACAAAAGAUUUAUUUUAUUUAGCAUUAUGGUUAGCACAUGAUUCUGUUGAAGAAGAUCUUACAGCUAAAUAUGGCUUAUUACCAUGGGCACUUCAAACAAAUGAUGGUCGUCCAUCAGUUGAUUUAAAAAAUGAUUUUAAAAGAUUUUUAUCGAAAAAAAAUGAUCUUUGGACUCGUAUGAGCUUUCGAGCUCGAGUUAAACAAGAUGAAUGUGAUGAAAUUAUGCUUAUACAACCAAAUCAUUGGAUUUGGCAAAGAGAACGAUCAACUGAUUAUAAUAAAAAAAUGGCUUUAUUAAAUCGAAAACAAAAAAAUGAUACAUUAAAUACAGAAAAUAGUUGUUCAUCAUCUUUAUCAAUAUCACCUAUUGAAAAUACAAAUUCAGUGAAUAAUCAUAAUGGACAAUCUGUUCCACUCAAUGUAUCUAUGGAUGAUGAAGAUUGUUGA